AUGGUUUGUUACAAAUUUGGUGUAAAGGGGCAUAUAGCGAUUAACUGUCGAAAUAUGAAAUGCUUUGAAUGUGGUCAGAGUAGUCACAUUUCAACAUUUUGUCCAAGUAAACAUGACCGAGUGAGAUGCGCUGAAUGUGGUAGAUUUGGACAUAGGAAGGAAGAUUGUAAUAUGGGAAAUAACGAGAAAAGGGUUUCCACAGAGGGGAGAAAGUUCAAAUGCGAUCAAUGUGAGGAGUGUGGCGGGGGUAGCAUCAAAAGGCGAAAAUAA